AUGGCCAAAAAGGGGACCAAGGAAAAGAGGGUGAAGGAUCCUAAAGGCAUCCCCCUUGCCCAGCCUGAUCGGUCAGCUCCCAGCGAAGCCACUUUGCUGCAGAUGGCCCAAGAUCGUGGUCUUUUCAAGCAGGCCGACAAGGACCCGCGGAAUAAGAAUUUACCCAAGGGUGCUGUCCGAAUUGACAGGCCGGGUAGCGAGGAUAGUGACGAUGAUGAGGACGACGAAGAGGCCUUGUUGUCUCCCUUGAUGGAGCGCAUCAUGGACACACUGCUCUGGACUGUAAGUCUUGCCAUGGUACACGGCACCCUCGACGUGCUCGUCCAGAAUCAGUAUGCCAAGGAGAUCGAAUGGCCCAAUGUCUUCAGCCGUACCCUCAUUGCGUUGAUGGGUGAGUUUCAAGUCGGUCCCCUUCAUUCUGCUCCUCUGCUGAUGACGACGGUGGGCGGUAGUGCUCUUCUUUCUUUUCUAUAA